CGGCGGCCUCUCCUCCUCCUCCUCCUCUCCCCACCCCAGUCAGUCUGCCCGCUCGUCUCCUACCGUGCACACGGCCGCUCGCCUCGCCGCUCGCAGACGCAGACGUUCGGACAACAAGCAAAGGCCACCACUUCUGAUCAAUCCUGCUUGAUAUUCACUGUGGACCAUAAACGAGUCAGUGUGUUCGAGUGAUGUCCAGGAUGAAAAUUACGUAUGGUGCCGAGAAGGGCCCGUGCCGGGUGUGCGGCGCCGAGGGGCGUGCUUGCGCUCGCUGCCUCGUCGACUUCUACUGCGGCAAGCUCCACCAGACCCAGGACUGGCCGCGCCACAAGAGGGGCUGCGGUGCCCUCGAGGUCCGCGAAGACGCGCGUUUUGGGCGCUACGCUGUCGCGGCCAAGGACAUCCCAGCCGGCACCGUGCUCAUGCGCGAAUUGCCCCUCGUGACCUUUCCGACGUCCUGGCACUGCCCUGGGAGCGACAACCAGCCCUUCAGUAUGUGCGUGAGCUGUGGCGUGGAGCUGCUGCCGCUGUGCGGGCCGGAGCAGUGUGCCCGCUGCGGCUGGCCUGUCUGUGGCAAACCCUGCAGUCUCAGCGGCGAACACCGGGCCGAGUGCGAGGCCUUUCAGCGCGCAGGGUUCAAAUUGCGCAGCGCUGAUGCUAGUGCUCUGGGCAGCCGGCUCGACGCCCUGACGGCCCUGCGCGUAUGCCUUGCUGCCAAGGCGGCGGUGGUAGGACCCAUCAUCCGGAAUCUGCCCGGCUGUCUGCCUGACUUGAAAGCCAAUCUGGAGGGAGCGGGACCGUUUGCCGCCUCCGUGCGCGAAGGUCAGGACAAGUUCAGGGCGCGUGUGGACCGUGCUGUUACCUGGCUGUACGACGUCGCGAAGGUGCGCUGGUUGCCCCGCGAAGAGCUCGCCCAUGGCCUAUCCUGCGCGCUGCUGCACGGGCUGGAGGGCACGUCUGGCGAGGAGAGUCAUCUGGUUGGCGGCGUGUUUGCCGGCCUGUCCUUGGCCGGCCAUGCAUGCUACUCCAACGCUUGGCGCUACGCCUCGCGGCGCGGCAGCACAGAGAUGCUCCUGGUGGCGUCCAGGGACAUUCCGCGCGGCGAGCGAGUCACCACCAAUUUCAUGAGAGACCCGCUCAACCCAAAAUACCGCCGAGAAUUUUUUGCCCUCACUUGGGGCUUCCUGUGCCGCUGCACUCUGUGUGAGGAUCCAUCCCAGCUCGGCCUCAACCUGGACUCCUGGCAUUGCCGCUGUUGGGAACACACCACCUGCAGCGAGCUGGUGGCGGUGCUGGAUGGCGUUCGCUGGCGCUGUGCGGGCUGCGGCUGCGAGGGUGCUAUUUCUCCAUCAGACGGUGAGGCUUUUCUGGGAGGCAUCCUGGAUGCGGCGCUCGGCGGUGUGGUCAAGGGUAAUCACUUCCUAGCGGACGGCAGGGUCAUGCUCGGCGGCACUGCCCUAGAUGGUGCGCAGGGUGCCGGCUACUCCUUCAUGCUUGAAGAGCUCUUUCAACAGUUGCUGUCAGAGCGGGAAAGCACUAUUGCGCAGUGGGAAGAGCUAAUUCAAGAUGCCCUCCCGCCAAACGGACCCUUGCACCCAACGCACCACUUAGUCCUGCGCGCGAAGCGCCAAAUUCUGUGCCCGGACACGGAUGGCGUGGAGAGGGAUAUUGUCAACCUCAAGCUGCGCAUACCGAAGACCAUGAAAGACGCACAGACUCUGGCGAAGCACGGUCGCGACCUGCUGGCAGCUGUGGAAGUUCUUCGGCCCGGGAUUAAUCAUUGCAGGGCAGAUCUUUUGCGGCAGCUGGUUGUCUUGUCGUUCACACGCAUGACCCUGUUCGCAAGUCAAUUCAAGCAGAAUUUGUGGCGCAGACAGCAGGACGAGUGGAAGGCAAUGGUUGAAGAGUUUGCUAAGCAAAUGAAAGAUUUAAAGACUAUUUCAGUAAGCCCUUACGAGAGAGAAAUUUAUCAGUCGCUGGCAGGGCAGAAUUCUUCCCUGCUUCGCUCAAAACUGCAUCCAGUAUUAAGAAAGGGGGCUCUAGUGUUGGAAACGAUUUUUUAAUGGUACUCAGGCCAAGAUAUUUACUUUCAUUUCUUCUGAUUAUUUAUUGUGUCUGUUGAAAAUGUCACUAUUGAUGUAUUUCAGUACCAUCAUAAAUUGCUAAAAUUA